AUGUGGAUGUGCCCUCUGCUGAACAGCUUCUUCUCGACCCUGACAAUACUGAGCAUCAUCCCAGCUCUUGUGGAUGGAUGUGACUUUGCUCAGUCUAUUUGCGGGGCACAGGUUUCUGGGGACAUUGUGAUAGGUAUAUUGUCGCCAUGCCAUCAUAAAGUGACGGCUCUACAUGAACGGAUUAGACCUGACAGCUACCACUGCUCAGAUUUUCAUCUGGAGUCAUUUAUGAGAUCCUUGGCUGCAAUCCACGAAAUAGAGGCGAUAAAUGCAGCUGGCUUCCUCCCAGGAGUGCGUCUUGGGUAUUUGAUGUGUGACACAUGCUCUGAUGCGAGCAAGGCGUUGCAGAAUGUGGGGUACAUGCUCACAGUCAACAGGACUCUGAAUGUAGAGUGCGACUACAACGACUUCAGGCCCAGAGUCAAGAUUAUUUUAGGAGCUUUAUACUCUGAGGUGUCCAUAGCUGUGGCCAGACUCCUGAAUGUAUACAUGAUCCCUCUACUUAGCAGCACAUCAUCUGCACCAGACCUGAGUGAUAAACUGCGCUACCCAGUUUUUAUGCGCACUAUUCCCAGUGAUAAGCAUCAGACCAAAGCAGUGGCCAAAAUGAUGCGUCACUAUGAGUGGAACUGGGUCGGGGUUGUGUAUGGGGAUGAUGAAUACGGCAGUGCAGCUUUCCAGAGCUUUCUCGAGGAUGCUGAGGAAAAUGGUGUGUGCUUGGACUACCAGGAGGUGGUGCCUCAUUACCUCGAUCAUUCCCAAAGCAUGCAACGAAUCAAACAAGUCGCCCUGCAGAUCCAAUCCUCCAGUGCCCAGGUGGUACUGCUAAUCCUUAAGGCAGAGCUGGUGGAGCUCCUCUUUAAGGAAAUGAUCAAGACAAACACAUCAAGGAUCUGGAUUUCCAGUGAUGCCUGGUCCAGGAGCAGUUCUCUUGCCAAAAUGGAUGGCAUCAACAAGGUUGGGGACAUCUUGGGUUUUACAUUUGUUACGAGCAAGAGUAAAUCAUUUGAUGAAUAUCUCAAGAAUCUAACAGCAACCCCAGGAGGAUACAACAACUUCAUUGAAGAAUACAAGAGCCUGAGAUUCAACUGCACACCAGAAUGUUUCUCAAACAAACCUCCAUCCUAUUGUCCCUCUCCUGAUCUCCUGAAAAUUAAAUCUGGCGAUGCAUGUAAUUUCAAGGAUCCUCAAGAGCAAAAUGAUGACUAUCUUGUAAAGGCUCUGGAUACAAGUGAUGCCUUCCUUAAUAAAGUAGCUGUGAGGGCCACAGCAAAUGCUCUCAAAAAGCUACUUAAGUGCAAUAGUUCUUCAUGCUCGGGAGAAAUCAACUUCCCACCAUGGAAGCUUCUUGAAGAACUGAAGAAAGUUCAGUUCAAAUUCGACAACCACAACUUCUUCUUUGACAAAAAUGGUGAUUUCUUAGGUUUUUAUGAUCUGAUAAUGUGGGAAAAGGAUGGACACCACAGAAGAUUUCAAAGGAUUGGGAAAUACCACGUCCUUGUUGAACAAAUAGAAAUCGAUAAGAAAGAUUUCAUUUGGUUUGCAACAGCCAAUACCACGAACCCUAAGUGUAGAUGCUCAAAACGCUGCCCUCCUGGCUCUGUGAAGAAGAUCUUGAACGUGUCCUGCUGUUACAACUGCACCCAAUGUCUGGAGGGGUACUACUCAGAUGGCUGGGACCUUCAUAUCUGCAAAUUGUGUCACAAUGGAAGUUGGUCUCUCAAGGGUUGGGAUGAGUGCAGGCCAAGGGAGGAGUCCUACUUGCGAUGGAGCCAUCCUCAUCCCAUCGUCAUGAUGGCAGCCGCAGCCUUUGGCACGUUGCUCUUGUUGGUUAUCUUCAUUAUCUUUUUGGUGUACAGAGAUUCCCCACCUAUGAAAAGAGCUGAGGUGAGAUUGUCCUGUGUGAUGAUGGCUGGUCUGUCAGUGAGCUUCGCAAGUGUGAUAUGCUUCAUGGGCAAGCCCAGUGUACAUCUGUGCCGGGCCCGCCAGGUAAUGUAUGCCAUGGGCUUCACCCUGUGUGUGUCCUGCAUCCUAGUCAAGGCCUAUCGUACCUUCCUGGCUUUCCUUCCCUUUGGUCGGCUCACAAGCCGGCGACUACACAAACUUUACAAGCCACCUGUAAUUGUCAUCAUCAUAACUACUGUCCAGGGGAUCAUCUGUCUUCUAUGGCUGAUCUUGGAUUCUCCUCAUAUUGAUGACACACCUCCUUCCCCUCAAAGCAUGACGAAAGUUAUCCAGUGUAGUGAAGGUGAGACAUACAUAGGUUUUGGUAUUAUGUUGAGCUACAUAGCUCUGCUAGCAUUGGUUGGCUUCCUCUUGGCCAUUAAAGGCAGGAAGGUUCCACAGGAGUUCAGUGAAACAGGCCACAUAAUCUUUAGCAUGUUGAUGUACUUGUUUGUAUGGGUGUGUUUUAUCCCAGUCUAUAUCACCAACAAUGAAAAAGGCACUCCUGUUCAGGCUUCAGCAAUUCUAGUAUCCAGCUAUGGCAUCAUCUUUUGUCACUUUUUACCCACGUGCUACCAAGCACUUUGGGGGUCAAAUACAGAUACAUUGGAAAGGAUUCUGAGGAGAUGGCGAAUCAUCUCCAGUCCAAAUCUUGAUUUGGUGACAGAGAUAGACAUAGAUACCCCUGGAUUGAAUAAACUCUCACAAAGACCUGUAAGACACCAGGACUCUGUGAGGCAGGCAGGAAAGAUGGUGGCCGACACAGCCAACCCUGGACAAAAACUCUUUGAAACACUCCCCUCUGGCAGGAGGCUGCGGUCUGUGAGAAACGCCAGAAAAAACUGUUUCUUCUCAUCUGCAACUGGCCUCAUCAACAUGGCCCAGGAUCCCACAGACAUGGACUCUUUCCCCCUCCCAUAG